AUGGUGUUCGCUCCAGGUAAGGGCAGCCGCUUCCCGUGCCCGGCCGAGGGAGCCCAGCGGGAAGGCCCCGACCGUGCUGGAGAGCUACUCCGGGCGCUGCGGGGGAGGGGGUGUUCACAGAGCAGCCACAGAUGCUUAGUUCCCUCUCUUUAUCAUUUGGUUCUGGCAGGUGAGAAGCCAGGGACGGAGCAAGACGAAGUUAAGCUGCAGAACGCCAGCAAGCAGAUUGUGCAGACUGCUAUCCUCCGAGCAGUGCAGCAAGUUUCCCAGGAGAGCCAGCAAAAGGAGAAGCACACAAACAGCAGUAUGAGCCUCCAGCUAGAAAGAGGAAAAUUAACCAAGAAGCAUGAAAAGAAGUAA